UCAGAUAAACUAUUAGUUUUUACUGUAGCAACUAAAGAAACAGAUGGCUUUCAUCGCUUCAUGCAAACUGCAAAGCACUUCAACUAUACAGUAAAGAGAAAUUAUGGAUUAGAGAUGAGCCCUCCAUCUUCAGGUCUUCACCCUUAUCUGGGGCUGGGAGUCAAACCUGAUGAACGCGUAAAUGCAGAGGAAGAUUUUGUGAGCUAUGAUGUUAUCUUUGCGGGGGGCCCUGAAGAAUUGCUAAAGAAAUUUCAGGAAGCUAAUCAUAAAGUUGUGUUUGCAGCAGAUGGACUGAUUUGGCCAGAUAAAAGGCUAGCUGACAAGUAUCCUUUUGUCCGGAGUGGAAAACGAUUCCUGAACUCAGGAGGAUUUAUUGGUUAUGCUCCAUAUAUAAAUCGUAUUGUACAGCAGUGGAACCUGCAGGAUAAUGAUGAUGACCAGCUGUUUUAUACCAAAAUCUAUGUUGACCCCCUGGCAAGGGAACGUAUUAACAUUACUUUGGAUCACAAAUGUGCAAUUUUCCAGACUCUAAAUGGAGCUGUAGAUGAAGUUCACUUGAAAUUCGAAGAAGGAAAAGUAAGAGCUAGGAAUUCCAUAUAUGAGACAUUACCAAUCACCGUUCAUGGAAAUGGUCCAACUAAAAUUCACUUGAAUUAUUUGGGAAACUAUAUCCCAAAUGCUUGGACCCGGGAAACUGGAUGCAAUAUUUGUGAUGUUGAUUUGCUAGACCUAUCAACAGUAAAGGAAUAUCCAAGAGUAAAAAUCGGUGUUUUCAUUGAACAACCCACCCCUUUCCUACCCAAAUUUUUAGACAGACUGUUGACUCUGGACUACCCAAAGGAGGCACUCAGUAUCUUCAUUCAUAAUAAUGAGGUUUACCAUGAAAAGCACAUCAAGAAAUUUUGGGAAAAAGCCAAGAACAUUAUCAGAAAUAUAAAAAUUGUUGGACCUGAAGAAAAUCUGAGUCAAGCAGAAGCCAGGAACAUGGGAAUGGACCUUUGUCGACAGGAUAAAGAAUGUGAAUAUUACUUCAGCAUAGAUGCAGAUGUUGUACUGACAAACCCAAAGACUCUAAAAAUAUUGAUAGAGCAGAACAGAAAGAUACUUGCUCCACUUGUGACUCGGCAUGGGAAGCUUUGGUCCAAUUUCUGGGGUGCUUUGAGCCCAGAUGGCUACUAUGCUCGAUCAGAGGACUAUAUUGAUAUUGUCCAAGGGAACAGAGUGUUUAUCACUUUACAAAGGGAAAAAGACUCCCCUUCUUCGGAAACAUUCCAUAUGCUCAGACCCCCAAAGGGAGUUUUCAUGUACAUUACCAACAGACAUGAAUUUGGAAGACUUAUUUCUACAGCCAAUUACAAUACCUCCCAUUACAACAAUGACCUCUGGCAGAUAUUUGAAAAUCCUGUGGACUGGAAGGAAACCUAUAUAAAUCCCAACUAUUCCAAGAUCUUCACUGAUAAUAUAGUAGAACAGCCCUGUCCAGAUGUGUUUUGGUUUCCAAUAUUUUCUGAGACUGCCUGUGAUGAAUUGGUAGAAGAAAUGGAACAUUUUGGACAAUGGUCUGGUGGAAAACACCAAGACAGCCGUAUUUCUGGAGGUUAUGAAAAUGUCCCAACUGAUGAUAUUCAUAUGAAGCAAAUUGGACUAGAUAAUGAAUGGCUGCAUUUCAUAAGAGAGUUCAUUGCCCCAGUAACACUAAAGGUUUUUGCUGGCUAUUAUACAAAGGGGUUUGCUUUACUGAAUUUUGUUGUAAAAUACAGUCCUGACCGACAACGCUCGCUCAGACCUCAUCAUGACUCCUCUACAUUCACAAUCAACAUUGCCCUCAACAAAGUAGGAGAAGAUUUUCAAGGAGGUGGAUGCAAAUUUCUUAGGUACAACUGUUCCAUUGAGUCCCCCAGGAAAGGAUGGAGUUUCAUGCACCCCGGAAGAUUGACUCAUUUACAUGAAGGACUUCCUAUCUUAAAUGGCACAAGAUACAUUGCAGUAUCAUUUAUUGAUCCUUAAUUUUUUUUUUUUUGCCCUCUUCAGUGCCAGUGUUUGAUUCCUUACAAAAACAUUUAUUUAUAGUUUUCUUCCAGAAGACGAUGCUGAAAGUAACUACUCCUAAAUAUCAAGAAUCCUUUGGGCUAAAGAAUG